GAACGCACACCGACAGGAAGUGAAUCAAAGAGUGUGUGUUAUAUUAAGAAAGAGAAAAAAACUGCAUACAUGUACAUAUUAUUUAGAUGAACUCAAUUCAUAUGUCGUAAAAAGGGUAAGUCACGAUUGGGUAUAACGUUAAAACAAAAAACGGUAAUGUUUUGGUCACGUGAUUAGGUGAACAGUUUCGCGGGUAUUCAACAUGGCGCAGGACAUGGAGACGAUAGCCUCAACAGCAGACUCGGUGCAAUGUCCCGUUUGUUCUGAAAAGUUUAAGCCUUCCACAAUAAACGGACACCUGGACGUGUGUCUGCUGAAAGACGAGGCGGACAGCAGCCACUUUGCCAAAGAUGACAGCGGACCUCCUCUAAAGAAACUGCGGGUCAGUGGAGAGGCUGAGUCGCACAGCAGCCCCGGUGCAAACAGACCUGAGGCAGCAGGUAAAGUCGCUGCUCCACCUGCUGCCAUGUUUUCUCUGUUUCACAACAACAAGAGCAAAUUGUCGGAACAAAGUGAACGGCAUAGUUUGAUUACUAAUAAACAAAGCACUGUCAGUGGUGUCAUUAAGGGGGUUAAACGUGGUGUAGACCUGAUGAGUGAGGAUGAACCUGGACCAACAGGACUGACAGAGAACGUGAGAAGCCAAACACCUGUGUCCUCCAGCGGACAUACACUGUCUGCGAAGACAUCGCGUGGUUUAUCGCCACGGAUGCUGCUGACGACGAACAAACCUUUAGCGGAGACACUGCGACCAAACACACUGGAGGAAUACUUUGGUCAAAGUAAAGUCAUAGGACAACACACACUCAUCCGGUCUCUGCUGGACUCGCAGGAGAUACCAUCUCUGAUACUGUGGGGGCCGCCGGGAUGUGGGAAGACCACCCUCGCCCACAUUAUUGCCAGUACCAGUAAGAAGAAUGGCACAGCUCGUUUUGUCACUCUGUCGGCAACCAGUGCGUCCAUCAGUGAUGUACGAGAGGUGAUCAAACAGGCGCAGAAUGAGCUCCGACUGUGCAAGAGGAAGACCAUCUUGUUCAUUGAUGAAAUCCACCGCUUCAACAAAUCCCAACAGGACACUUUCCUUCCUCAUGUGGAGUGCGGAACAGUCACACUGAUCGGAGCAACUACUGAGAACCCGUCCUUCCAGGUGAACGCUGCCCUGCUGAGCAGGUGCAGGGUGCUGGUUCUGGAGAAGCUCUCCGUGGAGGCGAUGGGCUCAAUCCUGGACAGAGCAGUGGAUUCGCUCGGUAUCAGAGUCCUGGGACGAGAGCAAGAAAAUUUCAAAGAUCAAGACCAAACAGAUGGACAUGAGCCAAAGAUUUCUAUCGAGCAAAAUGCUUUGGACACCAUAGCUUACCUCUGUGAUGGUGAUGCAAGAGCAGGACUCAAUAGUCUGCAACUUGCUGUACAGGCUCAGUUGAACUUGCCUCGGUCAAGCCUGACGGCACAAAGCAAUUCCCCUCAAGAAAUAGUGGUGAAGGAGGUGCAUGUAAAGGAAGGUCUUCAGAGGUCCCACAUUCUCUAUGAUAAAGCUGGUGAGGAGCAUUACAACUGUGUCUCGGCGUUGCACAAGUCGAUGAGAGGCUCGCAUGAGAACGCCUCUCUGUACUGGCUGGGACGCAUGCUGGAGGGCGGUGAAGAUCCCCUCUAUGUGGCCCGCAGAUUGGUCCGCUUUGCCAGCGAGGAUGUUGGUAUGGCAGAUCCCGCCGCUCUUCCUCAGGCUGUGUCUGCCUUCCAGGCCUGUCACUUCAUUGGGAUGCCUGAGUGUGAGGUGAUCCUGGCUCAGUGCGUGGUGUACCUGGCCCGAGCACCAAAGUCUGUGGAUAUCUACAAGGCCUAUGCUAACGUAAAGAUUUGUCUGAGGAACCACAAGGGCCCCCUGCCUCCCGUCCCACUUCACCUCCGCAAUGCCUCCACAAAGCUCAUGAAGCAACUGGGCUACUCUAAAGGCUACAAAUACAACCCAGCCUUCAGUAACCCUGUAGAGCAGGAGUACUUACCUGACGAGCUGAAGGGGAUGGAUUUCUUUACCUGGACACCGUCAGACCCAUGAGUAUUUCCUGUAAUUGUUCAUCUCUCCUUUUGAUUAUUCUAAAACCAAGGACGCUAAUUUAAAAACAAAUUUUUGACAUGAACAUGUAUUUGCUGUGCUGAUCCAAAUUCACACUUGCAGUUAGGACUUUUGAAGGUAAAAAUAAAGGAUUUUGCAGUUCAAA